AUGUUGACAAGACGCUUAACAACUAAAAGCGCAACACUUUUAUUAAGCGCACGCUUCUCAAAAUCAAGCUGUAUACAUAGGUGUGUUUCAACUACACCUACUCUUCAAUUUCAAGAAAAAGAUAAAUUUCACGAAGGCGACCAUUACUGCGCUGUUCCUCAUCGCAGCUAUGUAGAAUUGGAAGGACCGGAUACAGCCAAAUUUUUACAAGGUUUGAUAACUAAUCAUAUGCCAAAAAUAUCAGUUGGAGGAGAUGGAUUUUAUGCUGCCUUUCUGACACCCACUGGUAGAAUGUUGUAUGAUACCUUUAUUUAUCCCGUCAAUGUCGGUGUCAAUUUUCCUCAUCCUCGAUUUAUCAUUGAAUGCCCUACUGCCAGCAAAGCAAACUUCAUUCGACAUAUAAAGCGGUAUAUUUUAAGAGCAAAAGUAAAAGUGAGAGAUUGUUCUGAGGAAUACACACUUUGGAAUAUUUGGUCCGAUAAGAAUAAGAGAUUAUUGAUGGAUACGAGCAGCCUUAAUAGUAGUAGUAGUAGUAUUAGUGGCCAUAGUAGCGGUAGUGGUCCUUUGUCCGAUGGCGAUCCUAUUUUAAUCAAAAAGGAUAGACGAUUGACAGAUAUUGGUUGUUUUGAUCCGAGAGUACCUGGAUUUGGCUAUAGGGCACUUGUAAAAGCGAAUGAAGAUAUUGAAAACAUUUUACCAUCCUCUGGAGACUUUACAAAGUUGGACUCGGAUGAGUAUACAAUUAGACGUAUUCUACAUGGUGUGCCAGAGGGUGUGGAUGACUUUUGGCCAGAAUCUUCGUUACCGUUAGAGUCAAAUCUUGAUUAUAUGAAUGGAGUUGAUUUCCGUAAGGGCUGUUAUGUUGGCCAAGAGUUGACCAUUCGAACCUAUCACACAGGCGUUGUGCGUAAACGUAUAGUGCCUGUACAGAUUUACAAGAAAGACGAAGCUGUGCCUGAAAGCCUAAGUGUGGAUCGAAACCACUCCUUCCCAUCCGAUAUACUACCACCGCAGACCGAUAUCAAAUUGGAUGGCGCAUCUACAGAGGAAGCUACGACAAAGACUCGUAGUAUUGGCAAGCUGUGCUCAGGCAUACAUAAUAUCGGGUUAGCUCUGAUGCGUUUAGAGCAUGUAAAGUCUGUUACUUCUGGAGAGAACGAGGAGGAAUCUCAAAAGAAUACCUCUUUUAUGAUUCCUAAUAAUGAGUCUAUUCGUCUCAAACCUUUUAUACCUGACUGGUGGUCUGAAAAUACAACACCACAAUUUAAUCAAUAA